GGCUCGCAAGCUCUCCUGCUUCAUAACGACCACCUCAGCCGCACAACCCCGCUCUACUACAGAGACACCAGCGACUGACGGCGAUGCAACUAGCAUCGCACGGGCUGCGAGGCCUCCCCGGCCAGGCCGCAUCCCGCUGGCUAUCGACCGGGGGACCGCCAUCGAGGUCCAUACACGUACACUCCAUACCGCGCCCAACUACAACUUCCUCCAGCGGACUCGCACAGACACUCCUCUCUAAGACUCGGUAUCUGCUUACUGGCUUCGUCGGGCAUCUCACCACGCCAGGUACACUCGGCCGCAGCACUGUUCCUUCGCGGUCGCUGCACGCAGCGAGACCGCAGAGCAUCCAACAGCGCCUGUCGUUGCCGGCGAGGUAUGCGUUAUCGACGCCCCUGCAUGCGCCGAGGCUGCCCAAGCCGCCUGCGGUGCCGCGGAAUGUGACCCAGGUCGGCCUGGGCGUCGUGCGGAAUUUCUCGACUGCGCGCCCGAUAUUCGAGAACCUCGUACAGAACGUCCCCGUGGCGGGGCGCGCAUUUGUCGAGGCAGAUUGGGAGAUCAAGAUGCCGGAGAUGGAGAAGGCGAAGAUCAUGAUGAAGGGCAAGGGCAAGGAGAACGUGAAGAAGAGCGAAGAGAUGAUGAAGCCGAAGGAGAAGAAAGAGAAGCGGGUGCAGAAGGCAAGAAAAGAAGAGGAGUAUGAGCGCUAUUUCCCCGCUCCCGCCCCGGCCGAGGUGACCACCCACUUGUACGUUCCUCUGGCGCCGACGCCUUCCUCGCGCAUGCCCCUUGCAGCCUCCGGGUCGCCCUCGCGCCUGCUGCCCCUGGACACGCUCGCGUACAUGCAUUCAUCGGCGGACAAGCACUCGCUGCGCGUCUCGUCUCUCUUCAUGCGGCUCGACCAGGGCCAUGUGUGGGAGCGCGGCGUGCGCUGCGAGGCGUUCGGUGAUCCCAGCGGGGUGUGUACGAUUCUGAGAGUGACCUUCGAGGGAUGGUCGGCCCAGGAGGUGAGAGGCGUUAUUGGGGAGAGCGGGACGGGGUGGUGCGAGCUGGAGGAGUGUAGGAAGGGGGAGGAAGAGGAGAUGGAGAGCGUGCUGUCGGACAUGGAGUUGAGCUCUGCGGUGAUGAGCGAGAGCGGGUAUGAGAGCGAGCAUGUGGAUGCGCUCGAGUCUCCUCCGGCGGCGGAGAUGGAUCCCGCUGCUUCGUUCGUGCUGCCCACUCUGGACUUCUCGUCGACGUUCUAUGCGACGUCAAGGCAGUCCGUCGUCCCUCCGACGACCGCUCUGUCAUCCGGAGCCUCGACACCGACAUCCGAGGUUGACAGCCGCUUCCAUUUCCCGCUUUCGCCCAACGAGCUUGACGCCUUCUCGGACUUCAGCGACACCGGCUCAGAACGUAGCUUCAGCUCUGGGAGUUUCGUCGAUCCUCCCAGCUUGAACGCGCCAUCACAGGCGUCUAGCUGGUACGGCGGGUUUGGAUUCAGUUCUGAAUUCGCCAGUCGGGUUGGGAUGGAUGAGGGGCCUAGGGAGGCCAUGUUCUGAAUGUGAUGAUUUUCUGACUCUUGUUCCUGCGUCGGAGGCCGGUUAGGUUCUCAAUUCACUCUCACUAUUGUUUGACUAUUUUCUGCGUUGUAUCGUUUUCAUUUUCUGUAAAGUGACUGUAUCAUAUCGUAAUGACAUUGAGCAUAUCGUUAUCCAGAAAUUCGAUUCCGUUCGGUCGAACCAUUCGGUAAAUUGGUUCGGACAGACACAUCGGA